AUGAAUUUUGUUGAGGUCAUGUGCUUGCUUCUUCAUGUCAUUCGACCGCCCCAUUUUGCAAGGAGGUUAUGUACCUCAAGCAUAGAAGCGGCAGAAAGAGAACGGGCUAAAGAUCCUUCACUCGUGUGGGAAGUGAUUCAGAAAGCAAUAGCAGAAAUACUCGUUAUGAAAGAACAACACUUAGUGGCGGCCGGAGAACAUUAUCCUUCGCAAAACAACUUCUUUGAAAUGAUGAGAUUCGAAUUUAUUCUUGACGAGUUUUUAAAAGUGUAUUUGCUAAAAGUCAAAAGGACACCAGAAUUUGAUUCAGCUAAGUCCGCAGAAGAACUUCUGUUAUAUGAACAGUUACUGUACAAUUUGUUCUCGUUGACUGGCGUUUUGCGAAAACUGGUAGUGACUGAUAACAGUAGAGAUAAUACUGAUGAACGGGAUAUGAUAACCUCACAUAAACACAUAUCAGUGUUUGCAAAAGUGUGCCGAUCUAGUUCUUGCAAAGAAAAUUGUCAUACUAAAGAAGUUUGCGAGCCCUGUAAAUUCUGUCCAAGUAAAACUAUUAAAGAGCACUUGUUAAGGGCGCACACAGAAUUUUUAUAUAGAGGAGAUUUCAAAAGGCUUUUUCCUCCACCUAUGUUUAAAAUUGAGGAUAUUAACUUAAUAGCGCACUUGACCCAAAAAGAAAAUUUAUCGGCCACAAAUAGACUCCAGUACUUACAUGAACCUUACGAGUGCCAGUUAGAAGAUUUGGCCAUUUGGCUGAUUACUUUGUAG